UCACCGAGUUCCCCUUAAAGGAGACCUGCCCUUUAAUUCAGCCAGCUCCUCCGCCAUGUAUCCACUGUCGGCAUAAAACAACAGCGGACCCUCGGCUCUCUAACAUCCUCCGUGCCCUUCUCUGUCCGCCGCGUCAACAUUGAGUUUCUCUUCCCCUGCCAUGCCCCGGGUCACCUCACUGUUGCCUGCCCUGCUCUUCGUUCUCCUGCCGGGCCCGAGCCGGGGAUAUUUCCCCGAGGAGCGCUGGAGCCCCGAGUCUCCGCUCCUCGCUCCCCGGGUCGUUAUCUCUCUGGUCUGCCGCAACUCGGCGCACUCUCUGCCGCUGUUCCUCGGCACCAUCGAGCGCCUCAACUACCCGAAGGACCGCGUCGCGCUGUGGGUGGCGACAGAUCACAACAUAGAUAACACAACAGCCAUACUGAGAGAGUGGCUCAUCAAGGUGCAGAAUGACUAUCACUAUGUGGAGUGGAGACCUGAUGAUGAAUCCAGUGCCUUUGAAGACGAGGGGGGGCCUAAGCACUGGAAUAAUCUCCGUUAUGAACAUGUAAUGAAGCUCCGUCAGGCAGCGCUGGAGACCGCCCGUGAGAUCUGGGCCGACUACCUCCUGGUGGCUGACUGUGACAACCUGCUCACCAAUCAGAAUGUGUUGUGGAAGCUGAUGAAGGAGAACAUGACUAUUGUAGCGCCCAUGCUGGAGUCCAGAGCUGCGUAUUCUAACUUCUGGUGCGGCAUGACUUCCCAGGGUUACUACAAGCGUACACCAGCCUACAUGCCUAUCCGUAAGCAGGAGCGUCGUGGGUGUUUUGCUGUACCGAUGGUCCACUCUACCUACCUGGUGGACCUGCAGAAAGAAGCCUCCCGCCAGCUGGCUUUUUAUCCGCCACACCCCGAGUACAGCUGGGCCCUGGAUGAUGUCAUCGUCUUUGCCUACUCAUCUCGCAUGGCAGAUGUGCAGAUGUACAUAUGCAACAAAGAAUCUUAUGGGUAUUUCCCAGUUCCAAUGCGUUCUCACGCUACCUUGCAGGAUGAGGUGGAGAGCUUCUUGCAUACUCAACUUGAGGUCAUGGUAAAAAAUCCUCCAUUGGAGCCCUCCAGCUUCCUGUCUCUUCCUCCCAAGCAGCCUAAUAAGAUAGGCUUUGAUGAGGUGUUUAUGAUCAAUCUGGUGCGGAGAUCUGACCGUCGUGUGCGAAUGCUGAGAGCUCUGAGCGAGCAGGAGAUCAGCUGUAAGGUUGUUGCUGCUGUGGAUGGCAAAGCUCUGAACAUCACUGAUAUAGAGUCCAUGGGGAUUAAGAUGCUGCCAGGAUACAAAGACCCUUAUCAUGGUCGACCUCUCACCAAGGGAGAACUGGGCUGUUUCCUUUCUCAUUACAACAUCUGGAAGGAGAUCGCAGAUCGUGGUCUGCAGACCUCCCUGGUCAUCGAGGACGACCUCCGCUUUGAGGUAUUCUUUAAACGCCGUCUGCAGACUCUGCUGCAAGAGGUGACGACAUUCAAACUGGACUGGGAUCUCAUUUACAUCGGGAGAAAGCGAAUGCAGGUGGACCACCCAGAGACGUCUGUACCCAACAUCCACAAUCUGGUGGAGGCAGACUACUCCUACUGGACACUAGGCUACAUGUUGUCAUUACAAGGAGCCCAGAAACUCCUCAGGGCUGAACCUCUGAGAAAGAUGCUUCCUGUUGAUGAGUUUCUCCCUGUCAUGUACAACAAACACCCGGUGUCAGAGUACAUGGGCCACUUUGAGAGUCGGGACCUGCAUGCGUUUUCUGCCGAGCCACUUCUGGUGUAUCCCACCCAUUACACAGGAGACGCGGGCUACAUCAGUGACACAGAGACAUCAGUGGUCUGGGACAACGAGACCGUCAAAACUGACUGGGACCGUGCAAAGUCGAGGAAAACUCAAGAGCAGGGGGAGCUGAGUUUCGAGGCCCAGAACUCUGACGUACUCCAGUCUGAACUGGAGAACUGGAGUGCAAGGGACGAGCUGUGAUGAAGAGGACAUGAGAAGGAGAGAUGGGAGAGAACUCUUGACGUACAGAGAAAAGGAUGAGGGCGAUAGAACAAAGCUGUGAUAGUAGGAGGGAAUGGAUAAGAUGGAGGGUGUAUAACUGAAUGCAGGAGAAGCGUGAGGCAGAGUGGAUGAGGGACAAAUGAUUUUCCUUGUACAUUUCUCUCUUGAUCUUUGUCUGACGAGAGGAGGUUAGAUAUAGAGUUAACUCUUGACGAGUCAGCUAGCAGCUUUUGUUUUAUUUAUUGCAUCCAAUGCACAUCCCUUGACUACAGCCUGGGCCAAUAAUAGUUUAAUUUUAUAUAUUUAAUACCAUAUUAUAAGAAAAUUCUCCCUUUGGGUACCUUUUUUUUAAAAAUAAAUUAAUUGAAAGAAGAAAAAUCAAUAUUUAGAUGUGUCUGCAGACAGUGGUGGUGAACAGGGAGUGCAGGGUAGGCUGAGUGAAUAGCAUGUAUCCAUGAGUACAGUCCUAGAAUGAAGGGAAAACAACAUGGACGUUACAUUAUACAGUAAAGGUGCAAAUCUGGACAGGAACAAUUACAAAACACUAGUGAGGUAAAAAAUGUCAGUUUCAGGGAACAAAAUAACCGCCAACAGUAACAUGUCCACCAUGUACGUUGUCCCCAGCAGGAACAAACUAAAAGCAGUUGUUGCUCACUUGGCAGCCCUCUUCCGGCUGGUUAAAUGGGAUGAUGACUCAACAGAGUAGUCAAUGAAAUAGGUUUUUCAAAAAAUUGUGAGUCACUGCAACCAAGAUAGGUCCUUGAACAUACAGUCAUGAAUGUGCGCAAAAAAUAUCAAACUGCUCUGUACAUUAGUCUGUGAGUUUAGGCCACAGACACCCGACCAAACACAUGAUAAUUACAUGUUAAAGCUGCAGUAUGUUUUGAGGUUGAAAUGGGAACCUCUUACACGAAAGAUUAUGUUACAUGUUUUCUUAACACUGCGAGUGGUUCCCAACCUGUUUGGCUUUUAACCUUUUAAAAAAGAAGCUCUACUUGUCUACUUGUAAUCCUCAAUCACCACGUCUCCUGACUGUAAUGGGUUCAAAGAGCGAUUUUCAAAGAACAAAAGCAAAGAGAAACUUUGUAUAAAAAAGAAAUCGUCUCGUGACACAAUCCUCACAUUUAUCUCUUAACACCUUUAUAGGGACCUAAUUCCCAAGUUUGGAACCACUGCUCUCUUCUUCUUCUUCCUCCUCUCUUGCUGUUUAGUUUAGCGUCAAGUAGCCAAUGUGUUAUUUAAGUAAAGUUACUUAAUAAUCGUAAGAAUUUUUCACUCAUGAAUGUAUAAGUGUUUUCCUUCUAUUUGCUGACAAACCUUUUUACGGUUUGACAGCAGCAAUGUAUUCCCCUCAGUACAUAUUGCAGUUUUAACUCAGCCUUUGUUCCAUUUUGUUUGUUGAAAACGACAAAUGAAUAUAGAUUUUUAGUAACUUUUCAUGCUACGUCUCUCCUCUGUGUUUACAAAGUGUGUCUUUUUUUUUUUCAA